GUGAGGUUCCCAUUUCCACCACUGCCCGUCCUUCACCCCACAGGAGGCUCUGGGCAGCGGGGAUGGAUGUGAGGAGCACCCCGAGCUACCUGUACUGGCUCUUCUGCCAGUUCGAGCUGAUCACCUGCAGCUACCUGAUGGAGCCCUGGGAGAAGGUGCUCUUCUACUCCUUCAACCUGGCCAUGCUGGGGCUGCUGCUCUACACCACCUACGUCUGCGUGGCUUUCCACGCCAGCUCCGCCUUCCAGCUCCUCUGCAGCUUCCUGGGAAACCCACGGGAAAAUGCUCUUUCUGUGGUGAAAUAAAACCUCCUCCUGGCUUUGGGAUCAGAGAGGUUCCUUAUCCCAUUUUUGUCCAGGAGCAACGAACUCUGCUUUAUUCUCUCUUCGUGUUCUGCUCUGACAGCAAAUUAUUUUUGCUCCAAUCAAACCCUGGUUUUACUAUUUGCUUCUUCAAGAGUUUUCAAUUUUAAUGAAUUGCACUGGAAUUACAGAGCUGGGGUUGGGACAGGAACAACCCCCCUGAAAAUUUUGUCAUUCCAGGGGAAAGGAACAAUCCCACUGCAGAUUUUGUUAUUCCAGGGGAAAGGAACAAUCCCACUGCAGAUUUUGUUAUUCCAGGGGAAAGGAACAACUCCCCUGCAGAUUUUGUCAUUCCAGGGGAAAGGAACAAUCCCACUGCAGAUUUUGUCAUUCCAGGGGAAAGGAACAACCCCCCUGAAGAUUUUGUCAUUCCAGGGAAAGCUGCUGGGACAUGGAGUGUUUUCAUCUGGAGAAAUGACACAGAAAUGAUGAAUCUGUUCUUGUCUGCCAGAAGAGAGGCGCACACAAAAAUCUUGGACGAGUGGGAGCUGCUUCCCUGAGCUUGCUGUGUUUUUAUGGGAUGAUUUCAGGAUUUAUUCAGUCUCCUUGACUGUUUUAUACAAUGAAUUACUUGACUGGUUCGUUAUCAUGAUAUAAACAAUGCCGCUGAUUCAUUAAAAAUGUGAGGAUGUGCUGCUGUGAAAAUUUAUGUUUGAAAUCCUCAGAUCCUUGGGCUUUAUAGAAACAGAUAAUUUGGGGUUUACUUUAGGGGAUGAGUAAAUCAUGGGCAUCAUAUAGAAAUGUAACAUUACAGAUUCACUUGUGGUAGGGUUUCAGCUGAA